UUGCCUUGUUUCUGGGGGGGAACUUGCAAGGUGCUGCACAUUAUUCGUAAACAUUGGAACGUUUGUUGAUAUGUAGACAUUUUUAUUUUAUUUUGUUUGUAGAUGUGGAUAAGGAACAUUAACUUUUGAAUUGGGGCUACUUUUGUUCCUGUGAGCUUCAGCAGUUUCUAUUUUUGCUUGUCAAUCACAACUAUGGCUCUCCGAGCGUGUCAGAGUACGACACGUCUUUUGUUAGCUAGAACUCUGAGCUGGCGAGCUGCUACUGCCCUAGUCCGGUUACUUGGAAAAAAAUAUUAUGAUAAAAAUAGCCCUUACAGCACUUCAGCUGGAAAGGAAUCAGAGAAAGUCGCCGGGCGGACGGUGGUGAAGGAGAGGAGGGGGUCAGUGGUCACCGUGGCGAUCAACCGGCCCGAGGUGCGGAACGCGGUGAACCAGGAGACGGCUGGACGGCUGCUGGACGAGCUCACGGCCUUCGACAGCGACCCCGCCCUGACUGUAGCAGUGCUACAUGGCAACGGAGGGAAUUUCUGUGCUGGUUACGAUCUGAAAGAGCUGGCCCAUCACACUGCCUCCCUCAAAUUGGAGCAAGAUGUCACCAAAGGUCCUGCUCCUAUGGGUCCCUCCCGACUGGUGUUGUCCAAGCCGUUGAUAGCAGCGGUCAGUGGCUACGCAGUGGCUGGAGGGCUGGAGCUGGCUCUGUUGGCUGACCUGAGAGUGGUGGAGGAGAGCGCUGUCAUGGGGGUGUUCUGUCGCAGAUUUGGCGUCCCCCUGAUUGAUGGGGGUACAGUCCGGCUCCCCCGUCUCAUUGGUCUCUCCCGGGCUCUGGACUUGAUUCUGACUGGACGACCCAUUGGGGCACAGGAGGCCUUAGCCUUCGGAUUGGCUAACAGAGUGGUACCGGAUGGCCAAGGAGAUUUGGAUGUCAUCCAGUGCUUUCAUGUGGCCCAGGGAACAAAGUGGCUUGGCUCAAGCACAGAGAGGCAGGAAGUGCAGGAAGAAGGGAGGAUGCACCAGCAGUAGCUGUAACUGAAUAGCUGCCAAGUGCCCUAUGCUAAUCUCUGCAGGCAGCUCUGGAGCUAGCUGAGCAGAUCAGCACCUUCCCCCAGCAGUGCAUGCGUGCAGACCGCUCCUCUGCCCUCUAUAGUGCCUACGAUGCCCCCUCCUUCAGCUUGGCCUUGCAGUACGAGAUGGACCACGGAGCGCCAAUCAUCCAGACUGAGUCUGUCGCCGGGGCAACCACGUUCAGCUCAGGGACAGGAAGAGGCGGGAAAUUCUCCUCAAAGCCCUAGUAACACUUUAUUUAGGUAUGCUUAUAAACAUGACUACAUAAUGUAUGCCUAUGUACACUACAUGACCAAAAGUAUGUGAACACCUACUCGUCGAACAUCUCAUUCCAAAAUCAUGGGCAUUAAUAUGGAGUUGGUCCCCCCUUUGCUGCUAUAACAGCCUCCACUCUUCUGGGAAGGCUUUCCACUAGAUGUU